AUGACGAAGCUUCUGCUUCCUCUUCCAAGGACGACGCUUUACGCUUCCGCUUCCAAAGACGACGCUUUCGCUUCCGCUUUCAAGGAUGACCCUUCCGCUUCCAUGGACAACGCUUUCGCUUCCAAGAAUGUCGAGAAAGAAGUGGAUUUAGAGCUAGAUGACCAACAUGAAGAAGUCGAGCCAAAUGACCAAUUUGCAGUGGAAUUAGAAAGGGAUCGCCGCCUCAUUGAAAUCUUUGAGGUAAUCAACAAUCUUAUUGCAAUCUUGGAGAGUGUAUCUAAAGAUGCUGCAUUUUGUCUUUAUUGCUAUCUCUUUAAAUCCAAUUUUGAACAAGUGGGUAGUGAAGCAUUCACUGGAGCAGGGUUUAAGAAUUGGAAGAAAGGGAGAGAAAGAAUGAAGGUGCAUGUUGGACCGGUUGGUAGUGUUCAUAAUAAAGCUAGAGAAGCUGCUACAAAUGAGAUGAAUCAAAAUACACAUAUUGAAAUGGCUGUGAGAAAACACUCUGAACAAGCUCGUAUGGCAUAUCGAAGAUGCUUAAUUGCAUCAAUCAAGUGCACUAAGUUUAUGUUGCGACAAGGUCUUUCUUUUCGUGGAAAUGAUGAAAGUGCCACUUCAAGUAAUAGGAGAAAUUACUUGGAGCUAUUGCAAUUCCUUGAAGACAAUGAUGAGAAAGUUAAAGAAGUUGUGUUGAAAAAUGCUCCGAGGAAUCUCAAGUUAGUAGCUCCAAAGAUUCAAAAAGAUAUUGUAAAUGCAUGUGCCUUUGAAAUACUUGAUGUUAUUAUGAGUAGUUUAAAAGAUAGAUUCUUUUCUAUAUUGGUGGAUGAAGCACGUGAUGUUUCAGUGAAAGAGCAAAUGGCUAUGGUGUUGCGUUAUGUGGACGACAAAGGGCAUGUAAUUGAAAGGUUUGUGGGGGUUCAACAUGUUACCGACACCACUUCAAGUUCACUAAAGGAUGCCAUUGACACAUUCUUUUCUUCCAAUGGUUUGAGCUUUUCCAAGGUACGAGGACAAGGUUAUGCUGGAGCUAGCAAUAUGAGAGGUGAGUUGAAUGGCCUUAAAACAAAGAUGUUGAGAGAACAACCUUGUGCAUAUUAUGUUCAGUAUUUUGCUCAUCAACUUCAAUUAGCACUUGUUGUCGUAGCAAAGAAUAAUAUUGAUAUUGCCUCUUUCUUCACAAUUAACCAUGUUGGAGCAUCUUAUAAGCGGCGUGAUGCACUUAGAGCGCAACUCCAAGAAAAGCUUGUGAUAGCUUUUGAAAAUGAUUGUCUUAUAACGAGGCGAGGUUUGCAUCAAGAAACAAGUCUCAAAUGUGCCGGUAACACACGAUGGAACUCACAUUACGGUACCAUUAUUAGCAUCAUUUCUAUGUUUUCAUUUAUGAUUCAUGUGCUUCAAAUGAUUAUUGAUGAUAAUCUCAAUGAUAGUGCUGGUGAAGCAAAUAAGAUUCAAAGAGAAAUGUUUACUUUUGAGUUUGUGUUUCACCUAUUCUUAAUUAAAGCUAUAUUGUGA